AGCGCGCAGCAGCCGCCCGGCCCGGCCCGGCGCCGCGGCCGCCCCGUCUACCGGCCGGGUAAGGCAGCCGCCUGCCCCCCGCGCAGAGGGCGGCGCGGCACAGAGAGCCCCAGCACGCAGCGGGAGGCCGCGGGGCGCCCCGGGGGCGGCAGGUGGCGGCCCCCGCUCCGCACCGCUGUGCCCACCGCCGCCGCCCCGCGCCUGCGGGAACCCCGCGCCGCUGCCGGGCGUGAGCGCAGCGGCGGGCGCCGCGGGGGGAAACGCCAUGUCCGCUCCUGCUGGGCGACGUCCGUGCCGGGUUUUGCACCUUGUCCCCGGGUCUGCCUCACGGCCUGGAGGAGCUGCUGCUGCUGCGGUGUUUACUGAGCGCUCCUGUCCUGAUAUCACUCCGCUGGCAUGGAGGAGGAGGAGGUGGAGGAGGAGAGCAUUUGAUCAUUGUGAUGGUGGCAGGAGGAGCAGCAGCAAGCAAAGCAGAGCAAAGCGUUAGGCUGUAUCAGCUCGGCGUUUUGCAGAGACUUCAGAGCUCUACUUUUUUUUUUCUUUUCUUUUUUUUUUUCCUCUCCAGCUCGGCCCGGAUUGUUCAUGUGUUUACUUCCCCCAGCCCGAGGAUUUGCUAUUUAGGUUCCUGUUGAAAUGCAACUGAGCAGCCAAAGUACUUUGCGAACUCGGUGCGGCAUAAACACCAAAACUUUUUUCUAGAAGGAAAAUACAAUAAGAAAGCGGCUUUGCCUGUCUUUUGAUGCCGGGGAGUGCGAGUGAGUGUGCCGUGUGUGCCCGGCGGGUGCUUGUGCUUGGAUGUGUGUGUGCGAACGUGCGUGUGAACGGGUGUGUAUGUAUAUGUGUGUGCAUGUGGAGGGGCGCGCGUGUUUCUCUUUAUACAUGGGGAGAGAAGGCUUUUGGCAAAAUCUCCGGAAAUCUCGUGGCAUCUAUUUUGAAAUAAUGGAUUAUAAAAAAGAAAGAGGAGGAAAGGAACUGGUCUGAUAUCUCCUGGAGUUUGCUACCCGAAUUGCUGCUGCUUAGUUUGUUGUGCUUUUUUUUUUUUUUGGUGUUUGUUGGUUGUGUUGCUGGUGAUAACCUUUUAGCACCUUCUCUCUUUAUUUCCCUCCCCCCACCCUCUCUUUUUAAUGUUUUGGAGCUUCUCGAGAGGGAUUGGCUGGGGGGAAAGAGAAACAUUUGCUUGGGAUCGCUGUUUCCCUGAUACAUGGUGGUGCCCCCUCCCCCCCCACCCCCCCGUUCUCUAAAAAGUAUCCCAUCAGGACCCCGGAGGAGACUGUGUGUGUGUGAAGGGUAGGAUAAAAAGUUCUUCCAAAAUAGUGUGCACGGGGAACAGGAUGGGGGAUUUUGCAGCCCCCGCUGCCGCCGCGAAUGGCAGCAGUAUCUGCAUCAACAAUAACCUGAACAGCAGCCUCAGCGGGGCCGGCGGUGCCGGUAUCGGGGUUAACAGCACUCCCCACGGUCCUGCCGCGGCUCCCGGUAACAAUAACGCUAAUAGCGGCGGCGGCAUUCCCAAGCACAGCACGGUGGUGGAGCGGCUGAGGCAGCGCAUCGAGGGCUGCCGGCGGCACCAUGUCAACUGCGAGAGCAGGUACCAGCAAGCCCAGGCAGAGCAGCUGGAGCUGGAGCGCAGGGACACGGUGAGCCUCUACCAACGGACCCUGGAGCAGAGGGCCAAGAAAACGGGCACCGCCGGCGGCGGCACCAAGCAGCAGCAUCAGAGCAAACAGCAGCAAGAUGCCGAGCCUGCCACGGCGGAGCAGAGGAACCACACUCUGAUCAUGCUUCAAGAGACGGUCAAAAGGAAGUUGGAAGGUGCACGUUCGCCUCUCAAUGGAGAACAACAGAAUGGAGUUUGUGAUGGGAGCUUUUCUCCGACCAGCAAGAGGUUACGGAAGGAUGUACCAGGCAUUGAGGCAAUCAACAGCUUGCCCAAUAAUUUGCCUUUGCCUGCUGUUUCUCCUCUUCACCAGCUCGACAUGAAAGCUCCCCUGCCCCUGCAGAACAGUGGAACUCACAGUAGUGGUCUAGAAGACUUGGGUAAAAAUGGUGGGCUUUCCGAGAUAAAGCUCCCUGUUAACGGUUGCAACGACCUAGACGAUAGUUUUAACAUCCUGCAGAACAAGGAGCUAAAGCAAGAGCCUUUGGAUGACCCUAGCUGCAUAGACACUUCUGAAACAUCUCUUUCAAAUCAGAACAAACUCUUCUCAGACAUUAACCUGAACGAUCAAGAGUGGCAGGAGCUAAUAGAUGAACUAGCGAACACCGUUCCAGAAGACGAUAUACAAGAUUUGUUCAACGAAGACUUUGAAGAGAAGAAGGAGCCAGAAUUUCCCCGGCCUGCCACAGAGACUCAAGAGAGUGCAAGCGUGAAAAGCGAUCCAUCUCAUUCUCCAUUUGCUCAUGUCCCGUUAGGCUCUCCCCAGGUGAGGCCUUCUUCUUCUGGUCCUCCAUUUUCAAACGUCUCCACAGCCUCUAGCAUAGCUUCUGUGUCCAGCGCCCCGCCAGCCCCAGUCGCUGCUGGCUCACCCGCAAACUGUGUUGUUCAGUCACCUCAAACUCCCAGCCAGGCCCACACUCCAGGCCAGACACAGACACGGUCUGGAAAUGGCUAUCUUAUGAAUCCAGCAGCAGCAACUGUGGCAGGAUCAGGGCCUGGGCCUGUGAACAUGCCAAGUGCUGACUUGUCUCCAGCUGAACAGCUCAAGCAAAUGGCAGCCCAGCAGCAGCAAAGAGCUAAGCUCAUGCAGCAGAAGCAGCAACAGCAUCCAAAUCAAGCCUCAAGCUGGUCACCUGUAGGCCCUCCAUCUAGUCCAUAUGGAGGACCCUUCAGUGCAGACAAACCAAAUAGUCCAAUGAUGUAUCCCCAAGCCUUUAACAACCAAAACCCAAUAGUGCCUCCUAUGGCAAACAAUCCACAGAAGACCACAAUUAAUAACUACCUCCCUCAAAAUCACAUGAACAUGAUCAGUCAGCAGCCAAAUAACCUGGGCACAAACUCCUUAAGCAAACAGCCUAAUAUGCUUUCUUACGGCAACACCAAACCUCUGACCCACUUCAACGCUGAGCUGAGUCAGAGGAUGACCCCACCAAUGGCAAACCCCAGCAAGAACCCCAUGAUGCCGUACAUCCAGCAGCAGCAGUCCCAGCAGCCGCAGAUGCAAGCUCAGAUGGUGCACCUGAGCGAGGAACAGAAACGCAUGCUCAUCAUGAAGCAGAAAGGAAUGAUGAAUCAGCCCAUGGCAUAUGCAACGCUUCCUUCCCUUGGUCAGGAGCAGCAUCAAGUGGGAUUGUCUCGGACCACAGGGCCUAUGCAGCCUUCUGUCCCACCAGGCUCCAGCAGUGUGGUCACAGGCACGAGCUCUGGGGGUCCCUUCCUGGGAAACCAACCUCAAGCGGCCAUCAUGAAGCAGAUGCUGAUUGAGCAGAGAGCCCAGCUCCAUGUGAUAGAGCAGCAGAAACAGCAAUUUCUAAGAGAGCAAAGGCAGCAGCAGCAGCAGAUCCUAGCGGAGCAGCAGUUGCAGCAGCAGUCACAUUUGCCUCGGCAGCAUCUGCAGCAACAGCGGAGCCCGUAUCCGGUGCAACAGGUCAAUCAGUUCCAAGGUUCUCCCCAGGAUAUAGCAGCUGUGAGAAACCAAGCAGCACUCCAGAGCAUGAGGACAUCCCGAAUGAUGGCCCAGAAUGCUAGCAUGAUGGCCAUGGGUCCCUCCCAGAACACGAGCACACUGCCCACGACCGCAGGCCAGUCAGACAUGGGCAUGGCUCCUUACAGCAACGCCUCUUCCAGCCAGCCGGGAAUGUACAGUAUGAGCACAGGCAUGAGCCAAAUGUUGCAGCACCCAAACCAAAGUGGCAUGAACAUGGCACAUAACGCAGGCCAGGGAACGAGGCAGCCUGCCUCUGGACAAGCGGUGGGAAUGGUCGGCAGUUUUGGUCAGAACAUGCUGGUAAGCUCUGCCCUUCCCCAGCAUCAGCAGCAGAUGAAAGGACCUGUGGGCCAGGUCUUACCCAGGCCACAAGCACCACGACUUCAAAACCUGAUGGGGACUGUCCCUCAGGGAACACAAAACUGGCAGCAGCGAGGCUUACAAGGUGUACCUGGAAGGACUAGCAGUGAAAUGGGACCCUUCAAUAAUGGCACAACAUACCCAAUGCAGUCUGGGCAGCCACGGCUGUCCAAGCAACAUUUCCCACAGGGGCUUAAUCAGACAGUUGUGGACACGAGCGGAACAGUAAGAGCCCUGAACCCAGCGAUGGGAAGACAGUUGCUGCAACCACUACCCGGGCAACAAGGAGCCGGCCAGGCCAGGUCGAUGGUGAUGCCUGCAAUAAGCCAAGGGGUCCCCACGAUGUCUGGCUUUAGUCAGCCUCCAACGCAGCAAAUGCCAAGUGGUAACUUUGCUCAGAGCAGCCAAGGCCAGGCCUAUGAGAGGAAUCCCACUCAGGACGUAUCUUACAACUACAGUAAUGAAGGAGCCGGGGGGUCAUUCUCCAGUUUAGCAGAGGGUGCAGACCUCGUGGACUCCAUCAUUAAGAGCGGACCAGGGGAUGAGUGGAUACAAGAACUUGAUGAGUUGUUUGGAAACCCCCAGUGAACGGGCUUGUAUAGGCUGGAGCUUUGGUUGUUACGUUUGAAAAAAAGAAAAGAGAGGGUUGGAUGUUCUCCCCAUCCUUGGAUUGUUGUUUUUUUGUUUGAAUUGCUUUGGUUUGGGGUUAUUUUGUUUUCUUUUGUUUUUAAUCGUGCAAACUGAGCUGACCUGUAGCCAACUUUGGAAGAUUCAGGGGACGAUGAAAUCAUCGGCAUCCCAAGACUUCCACCAAACAAUCUCCAUCGCGUGGCAGCACCCGCUCUGUGUGUGUGUGGGGCAGGAUGGGGAAACUGGAAAAGCCAGGUGAUGCCUCUGGUUGGGAAAAUGUGGUCUUUCCCUGCUGAAAGGAGGCUUCAUUGCACAGUGGUAUGGGGUGGUCCUGAUAUCUCCCACCUCAUGUAACUAUAAACACUGCAACUUUCAGGGGAGCAGGAGCGAAGCCUAAAGACGUCUGUGGGUGAUUGCACAGGCCCUGGUCAGAAAUGGGCUUAACCCUGGGGGUAAGCGGGUCUCAGUGAGCCAUCGCCAGGCCUGCAGGGCUGGCUCUGGGCUCUCACAAGGGAACAGUCACAGGGAGGUCACCAUUUUCAUUGCAGAGUGAUAAAAAUCCAAUAAAAGUGUAGGACACCAUAAAUUUGGCAGUGCAGUGAGGACAGUUUGAUUAUGGGGCUGCUGCUGGAGUCGGCUUAGGUGGGUGGGUUAACUUAAUGAGCUAUUUAGUCCACUUGGGACUUGCAGUAGUGCUUCCCCAUCAGAGCACUUCGGGUGUAUCUGCUGCCCCGGGUGCACAACAGCAGCUACUAAUGGUGUUGAAGGGCUGCGAGGUACCAAGAAACAUCAGCAGAGGUCCUAAGUGGGUCCUUCUCUCUCCUUCCUCCCCAGUAUGUUUUCAGCUCACUUCCUUCCCCUCCUCUCCUUCAGUGUAAAGCAAGGUGAGCUGGCUGCACUUUUUAUCAGGUGAGCAACAACUGCCACAAAGGGGCAGGCAGGGGAGGAGAAAACAGGUGGGAGAAAGCAUACAGGGACAGUUUCUCCUCUCCUCUUGAAAAGCGCAAGGUUGGCAGAUAGUAUUACCCUGGAGUGUCUGGGCUCUCAAUGUGAUGUUAUAUGCAACCUGAUCUUCAGUUUUAAACAGAUGUUUGGUCUAAUCUCUCUGGUUUGCUGCAAUGAAAUUCACUGCAGUAUUUGAAGAACAGGAACCAAUGAAGGACUAAAGAUCAUUCAUGAAUGGGUAAAAUAAUUGAUGUAGUUAUUACAAACAUGGGGUCUGCCUAAAUUAGCUUUUAGGUAAAAGCAAUGUAUCACAAUCUCUACUGCGUGGAGCAGCCCUGAGCUGCACUGUAAUGAAGUUGUGAUAUGUCUGCACAAUACUGAGAUGCCAUUCUGAAUGUCUAAAGCAGCGGUUCCCAAGCUGCAGUCUGAAGCUGAGGUAAGCUGCCCUCCAAAACCUCUCACUUUUUCAGUGUUUUCAGCUGAGAGCUGCUUAUCAGGGUAUAUAGUGGUGCAUAAAAGAUGUUAACGAGAUCCACAGUCCAGAAUGUUUGGGAGCUUCUGGCCUACUGCUGGCCUCUGUGAGCCAUAAGACGUGCUCUGUAGCAAAAGUGUCUCUAGCGUACAACUACCAGUACCAACUAUCUAGCUACCGAUUACCUCGUCGUGCGCUGCUCUCCGUGGGCCUGGUGAUGCGAGGUGCUCAGCCGCUGAAAUCCAUGGGAGCUGAGGGGCUCGGCACCUUGCAGUUCUAAGUCCUCCCUUUCCCUGCGGAGCACAGAUAUGCAUCAUAUUAAGGAGUGGGAGCAAAAUGAUGCCGGAACCAUCUCAGUGCCCUGUUACGGUUCCCUUGCAGGGCGUACCUAGACAAGGGGAAGUAUCUGUUUUAAAUGCUAUAAUGUAGGCAGGACAAGCUGCAUUUUUAACAUGGACUAGCUGGUCAAGGUGAGCUAUCAAUUCAGCUUGCACCAGCUGCUAAAUUUUUUAAAAAAUGCUUUAGUUGCAUCUCUUUUAGCUAACCCCUUUUUAAAAUACAGUGCAAGGACCAAUUCUAGUUCCUGCUGAAGACGAUAGGGGUUUGCCCAUCCGCUAUUUCAGCAGGAGCCAGGUUGGGCCCUCAUUCAGUGAAAGAGAGCACCAGCCAAAGCUCUCGGUCCAUCUUGCGGGUAAGUGGCUCUUGGUCGGACUAGCCUGAACAGAAGGGGUAGGCAAGCAACAAGAAAUGGUACCCUGAAGGGAUGAGGGUGUCGUGCAUACGUGUGUGUCUGCGUGAACGUGUGGGUGAGGGAGCGACGAGCUGGUGUAGCACAUAUGCGUCCUGCCUGGUAUGACAGAGACGCACCGGGACGAGGAGGUGGCGAGCCCGCUGUGCAGGCACGGCACCGGGGAGGGCACAGCAUCCCUUUCUCGGGUGCACGUGACUGGGGCUCACCUGCCAGCACAGCACCGGGAAACGAGGGGUUAAAAAUGCACAACCACCACGUGGCGGCCAAGUGCAAAUCCGUGUGCGUGAGGGAGAUAUGGGCUUUGGUGAACAAAUGGUGGUGAAGACUGAGUCUCUGUUGUCUUUGUAAAGCUUCCUCCAAAUACUCCGUACUGGGACCAAGUACUAGAGAGGUAGAUUUUAAUAGAUUUGGGGUUGGUUUUUUUUUUCCUUUCUUACUAUGGUGCUGAUGUAUAUGUAAUGUUAAAAAAAAAAAGUUAUUUGUAAAUAUGUUUUUACAAUUCUACAGAUAUCACUGGGUCUACUAUCUGUAAAAUAUAUACAUAUAAAUAUAUAUAUAUACUGUUUGUUUAAAAUAGAGUAUUUUUAUUUCAUUCCUUAACUCAUCCUUACUGCAGUGGUAUUGCACUUCAGAUGACGUCUAUUUACUAAUUUGUACUGUAUCCCUGACAGCAACUUGCUCCAUUUUAUUCAGAUUUUUCUAGUUUUCUGUUUUUACUUUGUACAUUAAGCAUUGCUUAUUUCCUUUUAAGACCUGUACAGAGCUCUGAAAAUGUAGAAAAAGACCUGAUGUUAACAUGCCACUUUUAAAGAAAAACAAAACAAAACAGCAAAAAAAACCCCAAAUAAAAGAUGGUUAUCUGAGUCAUAUACA